AUGCCAAACCCUGUUAGAAAGGCUUUAAGAAAGUUAAUACCUAGUCAGAAGCAGCCUAGAAAUAACCACCAUUGUCACGCCGAAACAGAAGGGACAAGAGGAAACACUGAUUCUGGAAAUGCAAACUUCAAGCCCAGGGAUAAAAGAACUAUAUACAAUGAAGAACAACCACCGAAGCGAGUCAACACCAGUGCAAGCUGGAAACACCUGUAUUCAAAUCGUCCGCGAUCAGAAAUAGAGCCAACCUCACCGUCGCCCGAACGCGCGGUUACCUUUGUUUCAGCUGAACAGGCCUCGGAUGAGGCGCAGCCAUCCUCGGAUCCAACAUCGAAUAAGCCUUCGCCUCGCACUACUCGCUCAUCAUCGACGUGGAGCAGCGUGCUCAGCAAUAGCGGAAGCUCAAUUAAAGCUGGCUUGAAAAAGCUGAACUGCAUACCUCCUAUCUUUGCUCAUUAUCCCGGGCGUAAUUCUUCUCAACAUUCUGAAAAGCACCAUCACAGCAUAUCGAGAUCAAGAACGGACCCCACAACCUUGCGAAAGACGCCCUUGACACAUUUCAGCCUCGAAAGUUCAGCUUCUGGCACAAUUAAUGAGAUUCAUCCAAGACCGAUACCUCGCCCCUUUACCUUUCCAAAAACAGGCAUGACCAGUUCGGGGAGAAACCUGCAGAGCAUCCAGACCCGGCUUCGUGCUAGGAAAGAAACUUCCACAAUAUUCAACAGGAUAUGGGAAGAAAAGGCCCUUCCACGUCUGGUAAAUACCAUGGACGAAAGCUACGGCCGCGACUACAUCAUUACGGUUCAAUUCGACUACAAUCACAGCAGGAGAAUUGUAGAGAUUAUGACCGAGGUUAAGCUCCCGGAUAAUGUAGGCGAGAUGAUUGAGGAUGAGGUUCUGCCUAUCUUCAGAGAGCCCAGCAAUCCUCUUAGCGUCGGUUUCCACUUCACUGAGGGCAAAGUCGAGCGCUGCGCCGAGACAUCCACCGAUCCUGAAGUCAUGAAAGACGAUGGUUGGGACUUUCCAGCGAAUACCUCCGUUCAUUCUACUCUGAUGUUGGGCGACUCUGUCGGCUACAACGGUGGAGAUAGCGCAGCAACCUUGGGGCCAGGUAUAAUGCUGAACGAUCGGCUUGGGUUCAUCGUUAGUCGUCACUUGUUCGACAACAUCCCAGAUUAUGAUGCAGAAAACAGACCGGAGUUUCAUCUUGUCCAUCCAGCAGAAAUUGACUGUCCUAAAGGCAGGCAAUCCCGGCGGAUCGCACAGCUCUAUAUUCAUUCGGGACAGGCGUACAAGACACAGCAGACGUCAAGAUCGCUUGCAUGGUUCACGGACAAUCAGAUUCUAACACAAGCUGUGACGGACUGGGCUGUAUGUAUCGCAGCAGAGGACACUUUAGCCAUGAAGAACUGUCUCCGAUACGCACCCAAGGGCAUCGAGUUUGAAGACAGCUCCGAUAUGAUACCAGGAUUGUCUAUGACGAAGCCUCAACUGCGUCUCAUUUGUUCUACUGGCCGCAGUAGCGGCCUCAGAUAUGGUGUAGUUUGCGAGACACCAGCCGUUGUGAAGCACAUGUCAUCCGGUCAAAGAUCGCGUGAGUGGUACGUAGAGAACGCUUUAGGACUCAUGAGCACAGAAGACUGGAACAGUGGAGGUAUCGGGCUACCUGGUGAUUCCGGUGCUGUCGUUGUCGACGUCGAGGACCAAAGACUCAUUGGCCAAGUUUGGGGCCGCAAUGUCUACAGUGGCAACCCUGGAGUCCAAAGAAUUACAUACUUUACUCACUUCAUGGACAUAUUCGACGAUAUUUCCAGGCACCCGUCAAGCUUGGGUUAUCCUGUUCUCAUGGACCAGAGAGAUGAGCGACGUCCGGGAGCACCACCUAUUGUUAACCUCCAAGAUGGCGAUAAUAGGGGCUCCGCUGAAGCUGAAGUCGAUGGGACUACAUUGAGUUCGUCAAGGCGCAGUCGGGCUCAGUCGUCUGCCACAGACGAGUUAACUGUUGCUAGGUCUGCCUCAAACGGCUCUCUAGCAUACUACACCAAGGGUGGGACAGAAGUUGAUUCAGUCAUGAACGCAGGCUUCUCGAUCUCGGAAAAGUCGAUAGGCAUCUCUGCCGCGUUGCUAAAGCCACGACGCAAUGUAAGCAUUAUUCAAUAA